ACAGGUCCACCCACCGCAUCGACUUGCCAACUUGCGCGAAGCACCAGAAAGAACUCCACUAAGAUGAGGAGAAGUUAUUAGAAAAGAAAAGGCAGGGGGUGGGCAUCUUUUUAAAUACGAUUAUUAUUAUGGAGAGCCAAGGGGGUGAGACAGGCAGUGUGAACGUGGGCCCACCAUUUUAGAUCAAUUGGACGUACGUUUCCUUUCUUUUUCUCUUUCUCUCACACACAUUUGAUCAAACAGGUAAAAAUAAAAGGACAUUUUUUUUAUCAAUGAUUUAUAUUUUAAAAUUAAUAAAUUUUAUAAAUUCUGUUUUCUUUUUUGUAUCAUACCACACCCAUCCAUUACCCAAAUACUUAAAAAAAAAGAAAAAGUACAACUGAGUAUUAUUCAUGCAUGGUGGCGAGAGAUUUAUGGGUUUUAAUACGAUUUAAAGUAUGUAAUGUGAUUUUGUAAGGACUGGGUGAAGUAAAUAAAAGUCGGAGAAGAUAGAUUAGAGAUUUAAAAAGAAAAAAAAAAAACACGUUCCCAUCAUCGUCGGAGAAAACCUCUCGCAACUUGUCUCAGCUUCCGUUCACUUUCAGGCGGAUACUUUCCCUACUCUUCCCGCCUUCUGUCACCUGAGCAAGGAACCGUUAAGUCCGUUAUUCUUUACCUUUGACUCUUUCUGCUUGUUUCAUUAGAUUUUACUUAAUUUUCACUUUUUUAUGGAUAGGUUGUUGUAAGUGUGAAAGGAAAAAAAAAAGGCUCAGUGCUUUGAAUUUGGGAUUAAUUGAAAACUAGACUUUUUUUAUGUAAAUUGAUUUGGUAUGUGGGUUGCUCUUAAUUGGAAUCAUGGGUGUGUUGGUGUACUGUUUUUGGACUUUUGGAGAAGAACUGAAGAUGAUUAGUGGUAAUUAAUAGUGCAGUUUUUCUAUUUUGGGGGGUUUUGGAGCUCUGAUCUGUAGUUGGAAUAGGAUUAAGGUUCUGGUUUGUUGUUGUUAAAUUUUCUCUUUUGAGGUUAAAUUACUGGGUUUGGGUCUUCUAGUUAUCUGGGUUUCAAAAAAUGGAGCCUAGAAUUAGAAGUGAAGCUCAUCCAUUUUAUGGUAUGAAUCCGGCGGAUUUGCGGGCAGUUGGGAAAGGGACAUUGGAGUGGGAUUUGAAUGAUUGGAAAUGGGAUGGUGACCUUUUCAUUGCUAGCUCGAUAAAUCCAGCGUCCGCUGAUGGCAUGGGAAGGCAGUUUUUUCCACUGGGAUCUGGGAUUCCUGGGAAUUUGUCCAAUAGUUCAUCAUCAUGCUCUGAUGAAGUGAAUCUGGAAACUGAGAAAGGGAAAAGGGAAUUGGAAAAGAAGAGGAGGGUUAUUGUGGUCGAAGAUGACAGUCUGAAUGAAGAAGCAGGUAGCCUUACUUUGAAGCUUGGGGCCCAAGGUGGUCAUGGUUAUCCAAUGAGUCAAAGGGAGAUGAGAAAUUGGGAGGGAACUAGUGGGAAGAAGACUAAGUUGAGCGGAGGUUCUGGAAAUCGUGCAGUUUGUCAGGUUGAGGACUGUGGGGUUGAUCUGAGCAAUGCCAAGGAUUAUCAUAGACGGCAUAAGGUUUGUGAGAUGCAUUCCAAAGCUAAUAAGGCACUGGUCGGAAAUGUCAUGCAGCGAUUUUGUCAGCAGUGCAGUCGGUUUCAUGUCCUUCAAGAGUUUGAUGAUGGUAAGAGAAGCUGUCGCAGACGUUUGGCUGGCCACAAUAAAAGGAGGAGGAAAACAAAUCCUGACACUGUUGUCAAUGGCAAUUCACUGAAUGAUGACCAGACUAGUGGUUAUCUAUUGUUAAAUCUUUUGAGAAUACUUUCUAACAUACAUUCUAACAGAUCUGACCAGACCACAGAUCAGGAUGUGCUAUCCCAUCUUCUAAGGAGCCUUGCAAACCAUACUGGUAAACAAGUGGGAACAAACAUAUCUGGGCUUUUGCCAGAACCUCAAGAUUCAGAAGCUGUUUCGGCUUUAUUUUCGAAUGGCCAAGGCCCUCCUCAGCCUUUUAAUCAGCACAUCACUGGACCUGCAUCAGAGAUUCCACAGAAAGGAGUACAAUCACCCGAUAUUAGGGGUGCUGAAGUCCAAGCUGGAGUGGUAAAGAUGAAUAAUUUUGAUUUGAAUGACAUAUACAUUGACUUGGAUGAUGGCACAGAUGACAUAGAGAGGUCUCCUGCACCUGUGAAUAUAGGGACUAGCUCCCUUGAUUGCCCUUCAUGGAUCCAACAAGAUUCUCAUCAGUCAAGUCCACCACAGACCAGCGGGAAUUCAGAUUCAGCAUCUGCCCAAUCGCCUUCUAGUUCCAGUGGUGAUGCUCAGAGCCGUACAGAUAGGAUUGUGUUUAAGUUAUUUGGGAAAGAGCCAAAUGAUUGUCCUUUGGAUAUGCGAGCACGGAUUCUUGACUGGCUAUCUCAUAGACCCACUGACAUUGAGAGCUAUAUUAGACCUGGGUGCAUUGUUAUGACAAUUUACCUUCGUCAAGCUGAGGCUGCAUGGGAUGAACUUCGCUGUGAUCUGGGUUUCAGUUUGAGUCGGCUUCUGGAUUGUCCAGAUGACACUUUCUGGAGGACUGGAUGGAUUUGUAUAACAGUGCUGGAUCAGAUAACUUUCAUUUAUAAUGGUCAGGUUGUCAUAGAUACAUCUUUGCCUCUCAGAAGCAACCAUUAUAGCAAAAUUAUGAGUGUCAAGCCAAUUGCAAUGUCUGCUACUGAGAGAGCUCAAUUUUCAGUUAAAGGUAUCAAUCUGUCUCGGCCAGCUACAAGGUUGCUCUGUGCGGUAGAAGGGAAGUAUCUGGUACAGGAAGCUACUCAUGAGUUGAUGGAUGACAAUGAUGAUUUCAUGGUGCAAGAUGAGCUUCAGUGUGUUAACUUUUCUUGCUCUAUCCCUACUGUGAUCGGAAGAGGAUUCAUUGAGAUUGAAGACCAUGGUUUUAAUAGCAGUUUCUUCCCUUUCAUAGUUGCUGAGGAUGAUGUUUGUUCAGAGAUCCGAAUGCUUGAGAGUGUACUGGAGAUUACUGACACUGAUGCUGAUAUUGGCAGAACUGAAAAAAUGGAAGCCAAAAAUCAAGCCAUGGACUUCAUUCAUGAAGUUGGUUGGCUUCUUCAUAGAAGUCAAUUGAAGUCUAGAUUGGGCCACAUGGAUCCUAACCAAGAACUCUUUCCUCUAAGGCGGUUCAAGUGGCUUAUGGAGUUCUCUAUGGACCAUGAAUGGUGUGCUGUAGUGAAGACACUCUUAAAUAUUCUUCUUGAUGGAAUAGUUGGUUCAGGGGCGCAUCCUUCCCUUAACCUUGCGUUAACAGAGAUGGGUCUUCUUCACAGAGCUGUUAGGAAAAAUUGUAGACCUCUGGUGGAGCUCCUUUUAAGAUUUGUCCCUGAGAAAGCUUCAGACAGAUUAGGAUUUGAAAGUGAGACAGUAGCUGGUGGUGUUCAUAGAAGCUUCUUGUUUAGACCUGAUGUCAUAGGCCCCGCAGGUUUGACUCCUCUUCACAUUGCAGCAGGUAAAGAUGGUUCUGAGGACGUGCUGGAUGCAUUAACUGAUGAUCCUGGAAAGGUUGGCAUUGAUGCUUGGAAGACUGCUCGAGACAGCACUGGCUCUACACCUGAAGAUUAUGCUCGCUUACGUGGCCACUACUCAUACAUCCACCUGGUACAGAAGAAAAUUAAUAAGAGACCACCCUCUGGGCAUAUGGUGGUUGACAUUCCGAGUGCCCUCUCUGACUGCAGCACAAACCAUAAGCAAAACAACAAGGCUAGCUCCAGCUUUGAGAUUGGGCAGCUUGAAUUGAGAUCCAUGAAGUCACAUUGCAAGUUUUGUAUUAAGAAGCCGGCUCAUGGCUAUGGAACAGCCAGCAGGUCAUUGGUUUACAGGCCUACAAUGCUGUCAAUGGUAGCAAUCGCUGCAGUGUGCGUCUGUGUUGCUCUACUAUUUAAGAGCUGUCCUGAAGUUCUGUACGUGUUUCGUCCCUUCAGGUGGGAAUUGUUGGAGUUUGGAACAAGCUGAAGCCCAGUAACUCUCCCUCCCUAAGUCGGUAACGUUAGAUAGGUGUUUGUAUUUGUAAUCCAUUUAUAAUAGACUGUAAAAUUGAGAUUUGGUGUAUAACAACAGUGUUUGGACUGAGUUUGGGACAUAUAUAUUUAUUUGUUGUUCAGUCAUCAAUGUAAUGUUAUCAGGGUAUUACCAUAAUAACACAUGCACAGGUCUCUCUCUGGGGUCUGAGGUUCCUGACUUUGACAUUCACAGCGGGAGCAGUAGCAUUGUAACCAGUAUUUUAUCUUCUAUCGUAAUGAUGAAAUUCUGUGUUGCUUCA